GUGCCUGGACCCUGCUUUGACUGAAUCACCUAUACAGUUUAUGUUAAUCUCGCACGGCGAGUGUCGAAUCGGAUUCAAAUUUACAUAAAUCGUGUAAGCAUAUAAGAGCGAGUUCUGGAGCCUUAUCCAGUACGAGUAUACAAUGGUCAUGCCCAUAGCCAAUACAGGAAUUCAGACUGCGAAGUAUUGCAAUGUGGCCGGUCUAGGAGUUUUGAUUUUUGACUAUUUCUUAACGCUCGAACCUGAGGUUCGAUGGACAUGGAAUGGUCGCUGGAACAUCACUCGUGUUCUUUUCAUAAUUUCACGCUACAUGGCCUUUGUAGCAGCUGGUAUGACUUCAUACGCUGCCAUUGCUACACGAGCGAAUGAGGACUGCUCACACUUCAACCGGGCUUCAAAUGCAAUUCACAUUAUCACUAUUGUGGCUGCUGAAGGUCUUUUGAUCAUUCGUACAUAUGUAUUCUGGAAACAGAGCAAAAAGCUCUUGGUAGUGUUACUAGUCUUGGCAGCAAUUUCCAUUGCGUGUGCUGUCAGUAUCACGGAGGUUGUCAAUAAUGUAGUGGCGCCUGCGGACCCUUCAGCUCCCCACACAAGUAACUGCACUUUUCAAGCAGGUCGCAGCAGUGCCAUUCAAUACGGCUUUCUUGUAGCCUACGAACUGUUGCUGAUGUCUUUAAUGAUGUUCAAGAGAUAUCAGGACUACAGAGAUUCUGACAGUCGUCUAGUGAGAGCUGUCUUCCAGGGCGGAAUGCGGUAUAUGACUGCCAUAAUUUUUGUUUCUGUGGUCAAUAUAGUGAUCAUGUCCGUGGUUCCAGCAUCAUAUGAUAUGAUGAUGGAUGUGCCACAGCUUGUCCUGCACAGUAUGUUGGCAUCCCGUGUGCUCUUUGUUCUGCGUGAAAGUGACCAGGAUGAAUCGGAUGGGGGGACAUUACAGAUGUCGACAUUUCGUCCAGCUCAGCACAACCAAUACACUUCAUUUGAUUGAUUGUAUCCUAUAAUCAUGGCAUGGCCCAUCAGAAUGCAGAUGUGACAUUAAAGAGUGUUUGCCUAUCAAAGAGAAGGAUACUGUCAUGAAGCAUGAUCAUCUGCUGCUCCAUCUGGUUUACCUGCUCUGCAUCUU